AUGUGUAACUUAUUGCCAAAUUAUCAAGUCACACCAGAUUGCAGUGAGACCUAUGAAGCGGACUCGGAAUUCGCAUAUUCUGAAAACAAAGAUCUCGAGAGUUUCAAGGCUUUAAGGCAGAAAUCUAAACAAAACAAAGAAAGUAAUCCAAACACUAAAUCACCAUUGAAAACUAUUAACUAUAAAUCAAAACUAUCACAGCAUAAUUCAAUCAUAAACCUUCAUCUCAUUCGAAAUUUGAUCAUAUCUCAUCAACAUCAUCAAAAAAAUCAAAUUUCAAUAAGAAAUUCUCAUCAAGUGUUCUAG